AUGCUGAGACUGACAGGACUGCGAGGCUGCAACAGGUUCACUCGGGGCAGACGACUCAUCUCGGUCAAGUCUGUGCCUGCGAUCGGCGAGGAUGCACUGCCGCUACAGCCAACAUGGUCGGUGACCGAUGACAUCGAGGCCAGUCGGACAGACAAGCCCAUCAGCAACGAGGACCUGCUGCAUCUACACAGACUGGCUGCUUUGCUUCCUCCUCCGGUCGACUCACCCGAAUGGAAACGGAUCCAAGCUCAGCUAAGCUCCCUACGCGAUCUCAUCGAGACGGUGCGCAAUUUACCCGAAGAGCCUACUUCUGUCGAGUCGGACCAGGUACCCGAUGGCCGCAUAUGGCCGCAGGGUCGCUCGCUUCCUCUCAUGGGUCUACAGAAGGAGCAAGGACGAUUGAAGCGUCAGGGCAACAAGAAGAAACUCGAUCCUGAUGAUGUUCCUCGUCUUCCUGCCAGUGACGAACGGGGACAGUCACUCCUCAAGUUGAGCAAUAUGACCAAGGACGACUUCUAUCUCGUUCCGACACCUCUGACCAGCAGAAGAAAGUGA